CAUAACCACCACCGCACUUUUAAAUUCUUUUUUUUUCUCCGAGUGGAAAGAAAACUUUAAAAAAAGAAAAAGGAGUAUAUUCCUUCCCGGGCGGGCUUAAUUUCCACCGAUCAAAGUGAGUGAUAUUCAUUUCAAGGAAGGAAGGAAGCAGAGCCAUAAUAAUGGAAGGAUCAUCAGGAUGGAAUUCGAGGGAGAUGGAAGUAUUAUCGAGUGUGUUUGGAUGGGUUGCUUUUUGUUCUUGGUCUAUUAGUUUCUACCCUCAAGUCUUCUUGAAUUUCAAAAGAAAAAGUGUGGUAGGAUUGAAUUUCGAUUUCGUGGUGCUGAAUCUCACAAAGCAUACGUCUUAUCUCAUAUACAACGCUUCUGUAUACUUUAGCUCCUCUGUUCAACGACAGUAUCAUGAGAAAUAUGGCUUCAAUGAGAUGAUACCUGUGGCAGCAAAUGAUGUUGCUUUCUCCAUUCACGCAGUUGUGCUUACUGCGAUAACCUUAUUCCAAAUAUUCAUCUAUGAACGUGGAAGUCAAAAGGUCUCGAAGACUAGUAUUUCAAUAGUUUCAGUAGCCUGGUUAACUGUUAUCGUCUGUAUGUUCAUAGCUCUACCUAAUCAUUCAUGGCUGUGGUUGGUCACAUGCUUUAGCACAUUACAGGUUGUCAUGACUGUGAUCAAGUACAUACCUCAAGCAGUUAUGAACUUCCAAAGGAAGAGCACAGUUGGAUUUAGCAUUGGCAAUAUACUGCUUGAUCUACUUGGAGGCUUAGCAAAUUACGGGCAAAUGGCCGUCCAAUCUAUUGAUCAACAUUCAUGGGUGAACUUCUAUGGAAAUAUUGGCAAAACAUUGCUCUCAUUGGUAUCUGUCUUCUUUGAUCUCCUGUUCAUCUUGCAACAUUAUGUUUGCUACCCUGCCACAAAGACCGUCAAAUCUUUGAGUCCAGACUUGGCAAGUCAGGAGCCACUUGUUACAUCUUCAGAAGACGUAUAAAGUCUUGUUUCAUGUUUGCUAAAACUUGCAGCAUUCUCCGGAUAUUGAUUAAAUCCCCAACUAACAUUUCUGUUUACUGAAAUUUACAUAUCCAAUUCUGUGCAUA